CACGAGCGAUCCAUAUCACCUCAUCUGUUCUCUACACCCAGCACCGAUUCUUCGUGUAUUCCCUGCAUUUACGCUAGUGUUUAUUGUAUAACUGCUACAUUAUGAUGGAUAUCGACAUGGACUCUCCAGUCGGUCCCGUGAUCGUGACGGACUACGAUGAAUCGCACAGCCACGGAAUUUCAGUAUACGGCGCCGAUUUUGACCUUUGUGAGCUUCUACAAACACUGACCUUGUCGAAAGGCAAGACCAAGGCUCCCGAAGACGAUCCAACGGUCUCUGCUGUCCCCUAUGCCUUGCAAAGGGCAAGCGAGGACGCUGCAAACAUAGAGGAUCCAGCGUACCAUUCCGACGCGGAAUCAUCAAGUUCAAAGUCCAGCUCCUGCGACCCCCUCACCACAAUCACCAACCACCAGCCCACCUCCUCUAUCAUAGUCCCACGCUCUCCACUCCCCGCAUGCCACUUCCUCCAAUCCAUCCUCGCUUCACUCGCCCCCGAAUCCCACGUGCUCUCUCCAUCCCCGUACCCCUACCCCGCGUCAUCACACUUCCGGACGACAGGAGGCGAAUACCUGGACACGAUUCUCACUCAUCGCGCUCUGCUCAGUGCAUUCCCCCCUGCACACCGAGGCUGUGCGAUUGCCUUGCAGGAAAUAGCGAGAGCAGUAGAAGUGAGGGCGUGGCGGGCCGAUCGUGAAUCAGAUGCAGAGGCAGUGGCAAACCUGAGGCAGGAAGCAUUCCUAACUUCCACAUGGCUGUGAAGGGUUUAUGUCAUUACGUGCUGCGGGUCAGCUGUGCACACUUUGAAUGCUAUAUAUAUGUAGUACCCGUUCAGAGUAGUUCAUACGUUGGAUCAAAGAACAAUUAUGUCCAGAUCGAACAUUUAGUCAUGGCGGCCUGUAUAGGUUGAGUGAGAAGUGCCGCUUCGACAUCAUAUUUUGCUGGGGCCGAUUUAAGUCUGGGAAUCGGUCUCUAGUAUUACGAGAUGCUUUUGUCGAUGUGACGCACCUACAUAGUAUUCGUGUGACUGUGGGGAACGACUCCUUCCUUCGAUAGGUCUGGCUAGGGGGAGACUAUGACUAG